GUUGCCUCAGGGAGACAGCAGAAAGCACGAGUCUGAAUAACUUUCACCCAUUAGAGCUGCUUACGGAUCUUUUGGGGAUCUUCGGCUCUCUGGUUAAUUUGUGGACUACUUUUCACAGAGGUCUUGACUGACUAAAAUCUUUUCCUGCUGAAAAAAUAAAUAAAAAUGGCACUCAGACAAGACUCAGAUAAAGAACCACGAAUCGAGCUCUUCAUAAAGGCGGGUCAUGACGGAGAGAAUGUGGGGAACUGUCCCUUCUGCCAGAGACUCUUCAUGGUUCUUUGGCUGAAAGGAGUGAAGUUCACAGUAACCACUGUUGACAUGAGGAAGAAGCCAGAAGAGCUAAAAGACUUAGCUCCAGGUACCAACCCUCCUUUCCUCUUGUACAAUGGCACACUGAAAACCGACUUUAUUAAGAUCGAAGAGUUCCUGGAGACCACCCUCGCUCCUCCCAGCUAUCCUCAUCUCAGUCCCCGCUACAAAGAGUCUUUUGAUGUUGGCGCUGACAUUUUUGCCAAGUUCUCCGCUUACAUCAAGAACAGCCCAAACAAUGCUUUCCACGAAAAAGCCUUAUUGAGAGAGUUUAAGCGCCUGGAUGACUAUCUGAACACUCCGCUUCAGGAUGAGCUGGAUCAAAACAUCAGCGUAUCCAAAAGAAUGUUCCUUGAUGGCAACCGCUUGACACUGGCAGACUGCAACCUGUUGCCAAAGCUGCACGUCAUCAAGGUUGCUGCCAAAAGGUACUGUAAUUUUGAGAUACCUGCUCAGUUCACUGGAGUGUGGCGUUACUUGCAGAACGCACAUGAGAGACAAGAGUUCAGCCAGACCUGUCCAGCUGACAUAGAAAUUGAGAAAUCCUAUCUGAGUGUGACCAAGAGGAACUGAGCUUCAGAUUAAUGAAGCAAUGUUGUGAUAAAACGUUUAAAUAGUGUAAAUAAAAAAAUAUAUGGUUUAUAGCCAUCUACAUAGUUGUAGUUCACAGGAAUGGAAAUCUAUUACAGCGAGGACAAACACACACACA